ACAGACUUUAAAGCAAAGGUUAAAUCAGUUCCAGAUAAAAUUUCCACAAAAAAGUCAAUUUUUUCGGCAAUUUUUGAACUUUAAAAACUAGGAGACAUUAAACACUGCAUUAUUGCGUGAGGGAGCAGUUAGUUAAAGUUAUAGCACAACCAUGUCGUCAGCGAAGCCAUCGAAAGAUCAAGAGCCCCAAGUCGACCUAUUCGAUUAUCGCGAGUUGCAGGAUCUGGAGGAGAUGUUUCCCAUUGAUAUGGAUGUACCCAACCAGGGGAUGAGUACAUCUUGGGGAAUCGUAGAGCGUCAGUUGGAGGAGGGAAUGGGUGAGCUGCAGCGCAUCUUCGACCGAUUGGCACCUCCACCUUCCCCGAGAAGGCAGUUGAAGGCGGUCCUGCCCACCAACAGUCGUCGUAAUUACAACAGAUCCAAUCCUAUAUUCUACGGCUCGGAAGAGACACCAGCACUGCCAGUGGCUACGGGAACAAGGGGCGAGGCAAAGAGGAGUCAUAUCCGUAAUCCCAUCUUACAUCCCUACGAUAGUGAUCCGGAAACAGAGGAGAACAGACAUUUUGCGGUUCAGGUGGUCGAUAAACAAGAAGCUCUGGUCGUCCCGGAACAGCAAAUGGAUGCGGAAACCCGCCUCCUGGCCAUUAAGUUCUUCAAUCUAAUGCUCGCUCGGCUUUGGCGCCGACGAAAGGCCGAGGUCUGCGACCUACACACUCUAGUUCGCAAAUACCAGGAUCAUGCCGCUCGCACCCAAACCGAGCUUUUCACCCGGAACCAGAUGAUCUGCUUGGAACAGCGUCGUGGUGAACAGCUAACCGGUCAGCUGAUGCGGGCCAUCAGUCGCGUUCGCGUUACCAUGGCUAGUUGCGCCGAAUUGGACAAGGAACUGAUGGAGUUGAGGAAGCGGGAAACCGCUUUGCACGGUGAACUGGCCUCCAAAUCACUGGAAUGCGAAUAUUUCGCCGAAAUGCUGGACACCUGUCGUUCCGAAAUGUUCCGGGAAUUGGCAAAUUAUCGCGAGGGAGCCACUGAAUUGGCCAAUCAGCAGAGGCGUGCAAUCGAAUUGGAGCACCAGAAUGCCCAAUUGGAGGACGAACUCCUAACGAUCAAGGAUCAGUUCCUGCUGCAGAACGACCAGAUGUCGGUGGCGCUUGGCGAAAAACAGGAGCAAUUGGACACCGCCUACGAAACGCUUAAGCAGUGCGAGCAAGAACUGGCCAAGCUCGAGAUGAAAUACAACGAGCAGCUGCGCCAAAGUCAGAUCGACAUGGAACUGCAGAACGAGAUUUCGGAGCUGAAGAGGAACAUGGGCGUGGCACGAUAUCUGAUUUUCUACCUAACAGCCUGCGAUUGCGGAACUUUCCAAGGUUGCGUAUACCACGUGGUGGCUGGAUCACUAGACUGUUUGGCACCCGCAUUUUCCGCACCGCCAAUGUCCAACAAUUUGCUCCGAAUAGCGAUGGCCACCCUCUUCCUGCUUUUCGCCAUGUAUUAAUUUAUCUUGAUGAUCCAAAAAGGACACUAAAUGGACACCAUCAGGGAUUUCAGGGAUGGCUGACAGUUCGAGGUGUUUGAUAGUCGAGCAUGCAGAGGUGGCGAUCUUGUGGGCAUUUCAGGACACGGGACCACAAAAUUGUUGCAACCUAUUAAAGCGAUUUUUGUUUUUCUUUAUGUCACAGUAAUUCAAAUAAAAAUUUCCAUAGCCUCAGA